AUGGGAGACUCAAUGUCAAAACCAAAUGAGGAACUUUCAAAAUCGGAUGAGGAACUUUCAAAAUUAUAUGACAUACUUGGAGCAGCAAAAACUGAUAAAGAUUAUGCCUUACGUGUGGCAUAUCGUGCACGAAUUCAUGAAUACAAGAAUGAUCGACUUAAAACCCCUGAAAAUCGUAAAAUUAAACCUGAAAACUUUCGACUUAUUUGUCGAGCUUAUGAAACAUUAUCUGAUCAUGAUAAACGUAAAAAAUAUCACCUCGAUGGAGAAUGGAUACAAGAUGUACCUUUGGAAAAAUAUACAUUACAACAACUAGCUGCUGAACCUGAACUCGUAAGACAAUUAAAAAUUCGUUUACAAAAUGCAACAUUACGAGACAUAAAUGCACAAAAUUCACAAACAGGACACACUGCACUUUAUUGUGCAGCACGUACUGGUAAUGUUGAAGCUGUCUAUUAUUUAACAGAACAAGGAGCUGAACCUGAUCUAGCACAGAGAACAGGAAGUACAGCUCUACAUGUAGCUGCUUUUUAUGGACAUCCAGAAGUAGUUCGUUGUUUAUUAGAAAGUGGAGCUGAUUAUCGAAAAAAGAAUGGUGGUAAAAGUACAGCAGAAGAUGAAUCUUUUAAUGAUGAUGUAAAGCAAAUGUUUACCGAAUUGAAAAACACACCUUUUGUACAAGCAGCUGCAGAUCAACUUGAUUGGUUUAAAGAUAAUAUUAGUAAUAUGUCACAGCAUAUUGAUGAAGAAUAUUAUGUGCAACGACAAACAUUACUUCAUUGUGCUAGUAAAAAAGGUUAUAUAGAUCUGGUUCGUUGGUUAGUCGAAGAACGCAAAGCCAAUUUAGAUAUAAUUGAUAUUAAUUUAAAUUCACCUUUACAUCUUGCUGCUCAUGGUGGACAUAAAUCAGUUGUUGAAUAUCUCCUCAAUCGAGGUGCUAAUCCACUUUUACUAAACAAAUGGUGUUUGACAGCUGAACAAGAAGGUAUUAUCCAUGAAACAACUAUUACGGAUCUAUUUCAAUUGAUGCACAAACGAGAUAUGUUUGAAAUGGCUGCUAAUGGUAUCGAUUGGUGGUUUGAAUACUAUUUUGGUGAUAAAUCACCGGAUACCGUUAAUGAUAAUGGUACAAAUUUAUUGUAUGUUGCAUGUCGUUAUGGUCGAACAUCGGCUGCGAAAUGGCUUUUAGAAAAAGGAGCUAAUGUUAAUAUAAAACUUUUAAAAGAUUCAGAAAGUACACCAUUACAUAGUGCUGUCUUUCAUGGACAUGUUUCCACAGUUGAUCUAUUAUUAAAUUAUGGAGCUGAUGUAAAUAUAAAAAAUAAAUAUGGUUCAACUGCUAUUAAUGAUGCAAAAACGGAUGAAAUAAGACAAAUUUUAAAACGAUACCGAGAUAAUUUAGACGAAAAUAAAUUUUUGUCCGUGUAUCUAUAUGGUGAUGGUGCAAAGUCUGGUAAUGAACCAUUAGCAAAAUUACAAUUACAUUGUGAUGCUACAUAUAAUGAUCUUGUAAAUGCAAUGCCUGACUCAAUACGAUCUAACUAUCCAAGUUUUUCUAUCGCUCGACGCCCAUUAAAUUUUGAGGAAGAUGACACAACAAUUCUAUCAGCUGUAUGUCGUGCUCGAUAUGGAAAAACGAAAUUUGUCCAAUUACCACUAUGUAUAACAGCACAUGAAAGAGCACGCUAUACACAUUCUGGUCAUAUUCUCGGUAAAAAACUUCCUAAUCAUCCUAUGCGUAAUGUUGAUGGUAACUUUCGCGCAAAUUGUCAAAGUUCAUCAAUAGAAAUUAGUGGUCAAUUGAAUCAAGAUAAAACAUUUACAUUUGAAAAUUUAUCGUUUACGUUUUCAAAGAAUUGUGCUAAUGAAAAUCUUUUGAUUGAUAUUGAUUAUAUAAUAUCACCAGAGUUUGAUUUAUUCCAUUUACCAGAAUGUAUUUGUGUUUUUAAAACAAAAUAUCAUGAUAAAAGCGGUAAAUUAAAAGAUAUGCCAACGCUAUCAUUUGAUGGUGAACCAAAUGCUCGACUAUAUAAUUGGGCACAACCAUCGUCUUAUUGGUAUUCUUAUAGAACACGACAAACACGUUUAGUUUCAAUUGGUGAAACACAUGCUUUUGUUCGUCAUGCUGAUAUAAUUCCUUCUCUAUUAACUCUUCCACCAGAUAUGUUUAUUCAGGCUGCUGUUGGAACACUAUUGGAAACGCGUAAUACACCUGUUCCCUGUCGAUGUUUAAAAAUUCGUGAACACAAUAAAAAAGAUUUUCCUCAUAUUGCUUAUCAUGGAACAAAUGUAAAAGCUAUAGAAUCAAUUCUUAUGGAUGGACUUGUUAUGCCAAGUACUGUAGUCUCCUGUGGUUUACGAAUUUGUCCACCAAUCAAUCAUAUUGCGCGACAAAAAGCACUUUUUGGUAUCAAGGAUUUUUCAAAUGGAAUAUUUGUGACACCAAGUAUACACUAUUGUUCAGAUCCAGCAUAUGCAGUCACGUUUACACAUGGUGAUGAACGUCUCAUAUGUCUGUUAGAAUGCAGUGUAAAAGAUGAUUCAUUCAAGGGUUUUAAAAGUACCGUGAAGACUUACGUUGCUCAUCCCGAUGACGAUAUUAAUACAAUCGAAUGGCGCCUAGAAAAUCCAGCAAAUAUUGAAAUCAUAUCUGUACUUUUCAUUCCUGUGAUAAAAUCAAAAGUUGAAGAAGCUAUAUUGAGAGCUAAGAAACUUGGUGUUGAUCCAAAGUGUUAG